AAAUCACUCUGUCCGCAAGAGAGAGAGAGAGAGCAAAAGGAAGAUGGACGCCAUGAGAAAGCAGCUCGAUGUGCUCAUGGGAGCUAACCGUAACGGAGACGUGACGGAAGUGAAUCGCAAAUACUACGACCGUGACGUUUGCCGUCUCUACCUCUCUGGUCUCUGCCCUCACGAGCUUUUCCAAUUAACGAAAAUGGAUAUGGGGCCUUGCCCAAAGGUGCACUCUUUGCAGCUCAGGAAAGAAUAUAAAGAAGCAAAGGCAAAAGGUGUUGACAACUACGAUAGGGAAUUGGAAGAUGCGAUAGACAGGCUUAUUGUUGAGUGUGAUAGGAAGAUUGGUAGAGCCCUUAAGCGUCUUCAGGAAGAGGAUGCAAAAGCUGCAAUUGCGAUUUCUGUUACUGAAGUUACUCAGUCACCCGAAAUUCUCGAACUAUCAAAGCAGAUCAAAGAGAAGAUGAAGGAAGCUGACCUUCAUGAUCUUGAAGGAAAAACGGAUAUGAAGAUUAGGGCUCUUGAGUUAGUUGAAGAGAUGAGGACUAAGAGAGCUGACUUACAGGCUGUGCUGCUGUUGGAGGCCUUUAACAAAGAUAGGGCAGCCUUGCCACAGCCCAUCCCUGGUCAGCAGCCAUCUGCAGCAUUGCCUCCUCCGGAUCCUCGUACGCAAGAGAUGAUCAACGAGAAAUUAAAGAAAGCUGAAGAGUUUGGUGAACAAGGAAUGGUUGAUGAGGCGCAGAAAGCACUGGAGGAGGCUGAAGCUCUUAAGAAGCUGGCUCCUAGACAAGAACCUGUGGUGGAUUCAACCAAAUACUCUGCCGUUGAUGUGCGCAUUACGGAUCAGAAGCUGCGUCUAUGUGACAUAUGCGGAGCAUUCUUGAGCGUCUAUGACAGUGAUCGUCGGUUAGCUGAUCAUUUUGGAGGGAAGCUUCAUCUGGGUUACAUGCUGAUCCGAGAUAAACUAGCUGAGCUUCAGGAGGAGAAGAACAAAGUUCACAAGGAACGUGUCGAAGAGAGGAGGUUUAAACUUUCUUAAGCUUUUCAAUUUACUUCCUUUAAUGCUCAACAUUUCUUUUGAUGAAAACUUACUAAUCAUAGAUCAAAGGAGAGGAGCAGAGAGCGAGAAUCAAGUAGAGACAGAGACAGAGGAGAUAGCCGUGACCGUGGAAGAGAUGUUGACCGUAGGAGUAGAGAUCGCGACAGGCACCAUGACCACCGUGAACAUGACAGAAACUAUAAUCAGUCACGUGGUUAUGACUCAAGAAGCCGGCGUAGCUCGAGGUCCCGGUCUAGGGAAAGACCGAGGGAUUAUGAUCGCCGCAGACGUCAUGACCGCUAUUAAGAAGCUUUAAGAGAAGGUUGCAGCAAGUUUGAGAGGUUUUCAAAGAUGCAUGCGUUUAGGAUCAAUCUGGAGUUACAAACACUUAUUAUCGUAUGUGUUAAAAGAUAUUUGAGAUUGUAAGUUUGUAAGAGGAGUUUCGUCGGAUUCUUCAAAGCUUUUAAUACGUUGUUGUUGACAUAAAAGACUUGCGAGUAGAAAAGACUUGUGGUGAUUACAUG